AUGGUGUCUUGUCCCAUCUGCAGCCAGUCCGUCUCGUCCCUAAAGAUUAACGACCACAUCGAUUCCGACUGCCAGAACUUUAUCGAAGAGCCGCCCAGCUCGGGGGAGACUCCCGCCACUCAGAAAGCUCCGGUUCCCAGCUUCUUCCAGCCAGCCUCUGCUAAGAAAGCUUCUGCCCAGUCUGCUCAGGCAAAUGGACAGCGAGAUCAAAAUGUGACUUCCUCCCCACUGCGCAAUGUCAACGGCAAACGGGCGACGCCGCACGAUGCCAACUCAUCGGAGGUAUACGAGAGAUCCGGGCCCAGCCAACCGUCGAGCGAACCAAAGAAGCCAAAAGUUAGCGCCUUGCAAAAGGCUGCGCCUUUACCGGAACGCAUGCGUCCUCGGACUCUUGACGAUGUCUGCGGACAAGAGCUUGUAGGGCCAAACGGAGUGCUUCGGGGCUUGAUUGAGCAAGAUCGGGUUCCGAGUAUGAUUCUUUGGGGUGGUCCAGGAACAGGAAAAACAACCAUUGCUCGCGUGAUUGCUUCGAUGGUUGGUAGCCGCUUCGUUGAGAUCAACAGUACCAGUUCGGGAGUUGCGGAGUGCAAGAAAAUCUUCUCCGAUGCGAAAAGUGAGCUCGGUCUGACGGGACGGAAGACCAUCAUUUUCUGUGACGAGAUUCAUCGAUUCUCCAAGUCUCAACAAGACGUAUUUCUGGGACCAGUAGAAAGUGGGCAGGUAACGCUUAUUGGUGCUACCACGGAGAACCCUUCUUUCAAGGUGCAGAACGCUCUGCUGUCCCGGUGUCGGACUUUUACUCUUUCCAAACUUACAGACGAAGAUAUCAAAUCGAUCCUUCAUCGAGCACUACGGCUGGAGGGGCCGAACUAUUCGCCUUCGGAAUUGGUCGAUGAAGAAUUGAUUGAUUACUUGGCCAGGUUCGCCGAUGGCGACGCGCGGACGUCCCUUAAUCUUCUAGAGCUCGCCAUGGAUCUGUCGAAACGGCCUGGAAUGACCAAGGAUGAGAUCAAGCGGUCAUUGACUAAGACCCUUGUCUAUGAUCGGGCCGGGGAUCAACACUACGAUACCAUUUCCGCUUUUCACAAAUCCAUCCGGGGGAGCGAUCCGGAUGCGGCGCUUUACUAUCUUGCUCGCAUGAUCCAGUCGGGAGAAGACCCCCUCUAUAUCGCUCGACGUCUCAUCGUCGUCGCUUCGGAGGACAUUGGGCUUGCGGACAACAGCAUGCUCACGCUAGCCAUCUCGACCCACGCGGCUGUGGAAAAGAUCGGCCUACCGGAGGCACGGAUCAAUCUGGCACAUGCGACCGUUGCCAUGGCACUCUCAAAGAAGAGCACGCGGUCGUACCGCGGCCUGAACAAUGCAUUUGCUGCGCUAGCAGAGCCCGGCGUUGCUGGGCUGCCUGUUCCGAUCCAUCUGCGCAAUGCGCCGACUCGGUUGAUGAAGGAGCUCGGAUACGGCAAGGAAUACAAGUAUAAUCCUAACUAUGUCGACGGGGAGGUCGUCCAGGACUAUCUCCCGGAAAAGAUUUUGGGACGGAAGUUCUUGGAGGAUCCCGAUCUAGGACAUCAGGUGGACCCAGAUCUCAUGAGGUAG